AUGGAUCUCGAAAGACGUCAAAUAUGGGCUCGGCCGACGUCUACUAGCAGUAUAGAUCCGUCAUGCACUCCAUUUCUGCUCCCCAGUAAUGGCGUCCUUAGUGUCAAUAGUAGUUUCUCGGUGACAAUAUCCCAGGACGUGGUAUACCAACCUGUUUGCACAGGGGAUACGGACAAUACCGAUAGCCUGCCGUCGGCUAUCCUCAAUACGAAAGACCCGUUCUAUUCCUCAGUGGGACCGCAAUUGUAUGCAAUUGGCUGCAUGACGGUGGUGAGUUAUUUACUGGUCAUCAUACUUCUCAUUACACCUAGAACGUUCUACAUUGGAGGCCCAGGCGGCGGCGGGAAUUUCUUGGGUCGUCAUGGCAUGAUUAGUGGUUCUUACAGCGGGAGUUCUUCUAUCGUCGGCGUUGGUGGACGUCCUUGGCUACAGAAAGUGGCCGCGCUAACCGUCGCGAUUUCAUUGACUAUCGCAACCGUGGAUUCGUUCCGUGUGGCUGAGAGGCAGUAUUCAGCUGGCUACACGGAUGCCACGGCAUUGACCGAAGAAGUCAUCGAUGGCACGGAGAUACGAAUUGUCAGGGUUAUCUCCAGUACCUUCUUGUGGCUCGCGCAGGUUCAAACUCUUAUACGACUAUUUCCUCGACAUAAAGAAAAAGUAAUGAUAAAGUGGGCCGGGUUCGCCUUGAUCGUGCUUGACACGGCCUUUUCAAUUCUAGAUAAUUUCGUUGCGCAUGGGUCGAACACCCACCCACGAUUGUUCGACGACGCUAUCCCGGCACUUUCCUAUCUUUUUGAGUUGGCUCUUAAUCUGUUAUAUGCGGCUUGGGUCAUAUUCUACUCCCUGUCCAAACACCGCUUCGCAUACUUCCACCCCAAGAUGCGGAAUAUAUGUCUAGUAGCGAUGCUAUCGCUGAUCGCGGUUAUGAUUCCUGUCAUAUUCUUUAUUAUGGAUAUUGCAUCGCCUGAUGUUGCCGGAUGGGGAGAAUACAUCAGAUGGGUGGGUUCUGCAGCUGCUAGCGUUGUUGUCUGGGAAUGGGUGGAACGGAUAGAGGCUCUUGAGCGAGAUGAGAGAAAAGACGGGAUUCUGGGGCGCGAAGUUUUUGACGGAGAUGAGAUGCUGGAGAUUACCCCAUCAGAAGAGAUUGACUGGACGCGCCAGACUGGUGCUCGUGGAAAUGAUGGUGGUCAUGGCACAGGAGUUGCAUGGGGUGGUGUUAUUGGUUUAAACCAUCGGCCAUUGCGAAGGAGCCAUCUUGGGUUCCAACUCAGCAGUCGCUCUCGACAAACUGCGACCAAUGGCAAUACAGGCGACAAUGCAAUGUCGCAAAACACACCUGGCCAACCUAUGCGGCCUCCAGCAGCAGUGACCCCGGUUAGCCGAGCUGAUACUACGAGUGCUGCUUCUACUGUAUAUUACGUUCGCUAUCACCCCGUUGCCAGCCCAACACCCCCGGUGCCAAUCAUUCCAGAUGAGCACGAGGGCGAAUCGGAUUCUCAGAAUAAGGAAGCCGAGACUGGAUAUGAGAGUAGGUCGUCUGAUCGAACAAGCAGUGUUGAUAAUCGCGCUGCAACGGGAAAUCGUCCCGGCAUAACCCCGGCUUCUAUUGGAAACCACUGGUUUUCAGCUGCUAAUAUAUUCAAAAGAAGGCGAACGUCUCCACCGCAGGAAGUGGCAACUGCUCAGGAGCAAGAUCUUACGCAAGAUGAAUCUAGCGUGGCUGACGAAAUAAAUAUUAGAGGGAAGGAAAACAAUCGUUCAAGGAUUCAACAAAUCUUAUCCUCUCUACCGCAUGGUCCUUGGCACCAGGGAUCCGAUGCGCGAACACAGAGGCAAUUGACAGUGACUGUCAUUCCAUCUCGUGAUAGGUCUCAGCAAACGUGGACACCACAACCAAACGAGCCAACACAAUCCGAGGAUGAGUCGGCCGAUCAACGUGGCCAACCCGUUAGAGUGGUAUCCACGCAAGUGCGGCGCACGGCACCAUGGUCUCCUUCGCGGGGAGAUGGUGGACGGACAGACAGCAGUCCGCUACAAUACAAUCCAGAGACAGCUGCUCUGGUCGGUGUUGGACCAGAUUUUCGCACACAUGCACGACCCAAUACUGGAACCUCCUCGUCGUCUGCCUCGACGGUAGAUGCCUCUUCUGGCAAUGCUACCCUAGUUGUGUCUCACCAGAUACAACCCGAAGCUGUAGGCGAACAACAGGCGCAGGAAGACUUAUAUGGAGCUGAGCCUGGACCCGAUCAAAUACAGCCACUCGUCCAUGAAGAUAGGGAUUUAGAAGCGGGCAAUCCACCGCUGCGGCACCGACAUCAUUAA